AUGAGAGAGAUUGGAGCAGCAUUUUGGGAAACUAUUUGUACCGAGCAUGGUUUAGAUAACAAUGGAAACUAUGUUGGCGAUAAUAUUUUGCAAAAGUCAAAAUUGGACGUGUAUUUCAACGAGGCAAGUUCGGGAAAAUAUGUCCCACGAGCAGUUUUGAUUGAUUUAGAACCUGGCACUAUUGAUAAUGUCAAGACAUCAAACAUUGGUAAUUUAUUUAGACCUGAUAACUAUAUUUUUGGUCAAAGUUCUGCUGGCAAUGUUUGGGCCAAGGGCCACUAUACUGAAGGUGCAGAAUUAGUUGAUUCAGUAUUGGAAGUCGUUAGAAGAGAAGCUGAAGGGUGCGAUUCCUUACAAGGUUUCCAAAUCACUCACUCCUUGGGUGGUGGUACUGGUUCUGGUAUGGGAACUUUAUUGAUUUCCAAAAUAAGAGAGGAGUUCCCCGAUAGAAUGAUGGCUACUUUUUCUGUUGUUCCAUCGCCAAAGGUUUCCGAUACCGUUAUUGAACCAUAUAAUGCAACCUUAUCGGUUCACCAAUUGGUGGAAAACUCAGAUGAAACAUUUUGCAUCGAUAAUGAAGCUUUAUACAACAUUUGUCAAAAGACAUUGAAAUUGCCACAGCCAUCAUAUGUCGAGUUGAACAACUUGGUAUCUUCAGUCAUGUCUGGUGUUACUACCUCGUUACGUUAUCCAGGUCAAUUGAACUCUGAUUUAAGAAAGUUGGCAGUUAAUUUAGUUCCUUUCCCAAGAUUACAUUUUUUCAUGGUUGGUUAUGCGCCUUUAACUUCAAUUGGCUCUAAAUCCUUUAGGUCUGUUACUGUUCCUGAGUUGACCCAGCAAAUGUUUGACUCUAAGAAUAUGAUGGCGGCGUCGGAUCCUAGAAAUGGCCGUUAUUUAACAGUUGCUGCGUUCUUUAGAGGUAAAGUAUCGGUUAAGGAAGUCGAUGAUGAAAUGCACAAGAUACAAACUAGAAACGCAGCUUAUUUCGUUGAGUGGAUUCCAAAUAAUGUUCAAACCGCGGUAUGUUCUGUUCCUCCUAAAGAUUUGGACAUGUCUGCUACAUUUAUUGGUAAUUCUACUUCAAUUCAGGAAUUGUUCAAGAGAGUUGGUGACCAAUUUAGUGCAAUGUUUAGAAGAAAAGCGUUCUUGCAUUGGUAUACUUCAGAAGGUAUGGAUGAAAUGGAGUUUACUGAAGCCGAAUCAAAUAUGAAUGAUUUGGUAAGUGAGUACCAACAAUACCAAGAGGCAAGCAUUGACGAAGAAGACUUGGACUACCCUGAUGAAGCUCCAAUGGAAGAAGCUGUUAUGGAAUAG